AGACCCAAACUAAAAGAAACAACCUUUAAGCUUAGCUUCUAAAUCUCAUCGGAGAAGACGAAUUCCGUUAUGGUUGGAUAACACAAUCAUCAAUUACUUCACUCACAGGUAUGAAUUCAUACAUUAAUUAUAAGAUUAGGGUUUAGAGAAACAACCGUUGAUACUGAUGAUUUUUGUAAAAAGUUCGAAACUUUUAUUGAAUUCGAGUUGUGUAAGAAGAAGAAGUACUACAUUACUAUUCAUCACUAACAAUGGAAAUCGAAGAACGAGACCAGAAAAACGAUACCCUCGAGGAAAAGUCGCCGACUUUGUUUGUGGUGGCUCUCUGUCCCUGUUUGGUGUGUUUCAUUCUUCUCCUUUUUGUAAUUUUUAUAGUUCUUAUAGUCAAAUUCCAUAUUCUUUGUCAUACACCGCUUCACUCUGUACUAUACAAGAGAAAAUGUUGAUACCAAUUUCAAAUUUGAGAGCUUUAAGGGAGAAUUUGGGUGAUUUUGAUUGUAGUUAUAGGAGAUUUUCUAGUGUUUGUUGUGAUAGUGAAAUUGGGGAUGAAGUUGAGAAUUUUGAUGAUGAUAAUGAUGAUGAGAAAAAUGAGGUUUUGGUUGUUGAAUCUAGUGCUGAUCCUAUGGAAGUUGAUCGUGUAUGUAAGGUGAUUGAUGAAUUGUUUGAAUUAGAUAGGAAUAUGGAAGCUGUUCUUGAUGAGUUUGGGAUUAGUUUGUCACAUGAUUUUGUUGUUGAUGUGUUGGAAAGGUUUAAACAUGCUCGAAAACCGGCUUUUAGAUUCUUUUGUUGGGCUGGGGGUAAGCCGGGAUUCGCCCAUGAUUCGAGGACUUAUAAUUCGAUGAUGAGUAUAUUAGGGAAGACUAGACAGUUUGAGACUUUGGUGUCUAUGUUGGAAGAAAUGGGAGAGAAAGGUUUGUUAACAAUGGAGACUUUUAUGAUUGCUAUUAAGGCUUUUGCCUCUGCUAAGGAGAGGAAAAAGGCGGUCGGGAUGUUUGAGUUGAUGAAGAAGUAUAAGUUUAAAGUUGGAGUGAACACUAUCAAUUGUUUGCUUGAUACUCUUGGAAGGGCUAAGCUUGGUAAAGAAGGGCAAGCACUUUUCGAGAAGUUGAAAGGGAGGUUUACUCCGAAUUUACAGACUUAUACCGUAUUGCUUAAUGGAUGGUGUAGGUUGAAGAAUUUGAUAGAGGCCGGGAAGUUGUGGAAUGAGAUGAUUGAUCUCGGUUUUAAGCCUGAUAUUGUUGCUCAUAAUGUGAUGUUAGAAGGGCUGUUGAGAAGUAGGAAGAGGUCUGAUGCAAUUAAGUUGUUCGAGGUGAUGAAGGCAAAAGGCCCUGUGCCUAAUAUGAAGAGCUAUACGAUUUUAAUUCGGGAACUUUGUAAGCAAGGAAAGAUGAGGGAAGCAGUUGCAUAUUUUGAUGAUUUGAUCGAAUCUGGGAACCAGCCUGAUACUGCUGUGUACACAUGUUUGAUAACAGGUUUCGGAAAUUUGAAAAAUAUGGAUAUGGUUUAUGAAUUGUUGAAAGAGAUGAAGGAGAAAGGUUGCACACCUGAUGGGAGAUUCUACAAUGCCUUGAUCAAGUUGAUGACAAGCCGAAAAAUGCCCGACGAGGCAGUUGGGGUGUACAAGAGAAUGGUACAGAGUGGUGUUAAGCCAUCAAUUCACACUUACAACAUGAUUAUGAAGUCUUAUUUUAUAACAAGAAAUUUCGAAAUGGGUCAAUCUGUAUGGGAUGAGAUGAUUGAAAAGGGGUUUUGCCCUGAUUGUAAUUCUUAUACUGUUUUCAUUGGAGGGUUUAUAAGACAGGGAAAAUCAGGAGAGGCUUGUAAAUAUUUGGAAGAAAUGUUAGAGAAAGGAAUGAAAGCUCCCCAACUCGAUUACAACAAGUUCGCAGCCGAUUUCUCGAGAGCGGGGAAGCCCGACAUCCUUGAAGAAUUGGCUCAGAAAAUGAAGUUUGCAGGCAAGUUUGAAGUUUCAAAUGUUCUUGCAAGAUGGGCUGAGAUGAUGAGGAAAAGGGUUAAGAAGAGAGAUCCUAUUAAAGUUGGGUAGCAAGUGUAUCUAAUUUUUUUAUUUUUUUUUUGUAAACAAAUUUAUGUAUUUUACAACUUGUGUAAUGUAAUACAAUUGUCAAUUUUUUUAAUUAAUAUUUUGCUGAUUAUUUUAUUUUAUGAACUACAA